CCGGCACCUUCACCCCAACAGGAGACAAGGCAAGCCUUACUCGGAGCAUCGAGUAGUACCUUAGGAUCAUAGAUGGCACAAAACGGAUUGAUAUCUUCGAGCGUGGCCGGGUGGUUCCAAAAAAUCCCGAUCGAAGAGACUGUUGGAUAUCUUGCUGAGUUCGUUAGGGCUGGGAAGAUAAGGGGGAUUGGUCUUUCCGAAGUUUCAGUUACCACAAUUCGCCGUGCCGCCUCCGUCCAUCUGAUCGCUGCUGUCGAAGUCGAAUUCUCUCUUUUCAGCCCCGAUAUUCAGGAAAACAAUGUUGCGGCAACAUGCGCUGAGCCCGAGAUCCCAAUUGUCGUCUACAGCCCACUUGGAAAAGGAUUCUUGACAGGGCAGAUCAAGUCUUUCAACGACCUGAGGGUGUUCCAGAAGAUGGAUCCGAGAUUCCACGAGGAGAACUUCCAUAGGAACUUGGAGCUCAUUUCCAACAUGAAGUUCUCUACCACCGCAAUGGUAUUUGCCACCCUCCUCUCCGCCGCCCUCGCAGCUCCCACUACCAUCGUCUCCCGCGGCGGCACAGCCUGGAGCGUAGUAGAUUUCCUCUCAGAAAGUUAG